AUCGUGAAAAUAGGUAAGUACUAAGUAUGUCAAUCGAAUUUAAAAAACGUAAAGUUGUGCAAAACCGACGUAGACGAGCUACCUCAGAUAGUGAAAACAGUGAUGAAGAAAGUGCUGUUGUUUUAAAUGAAAAACGAAGUAAAAAAUCUAGCCCAUUUAUACAAAGUACUUCCAACAAGAAGCUCAAAGCGUCUGAACCAAUACAUGAUUCUUCAGAGAGUGAUAAUGAAUCUGUCGGUGUUUCAUACCGUUCCAAAAUGGACACCGACAUGAGUGGACCAAAAGACAUGGGUGCAACAGCAACAAUUGAAAUUGAUACUGAGCUUGACAAAGAUGCCCAAGCCAUCUAUGAACGUUCUUUACAAGUGAAUAAAGAACUUAAAGGUAAAGAAGAUGACAAAGUUUAUAGAGGUUUAGCGAAUUAUACUCAAUAUUAUGAGAAAAAAGAUACAGCGUUAGGUAAUGCAUCUAGUGGAAUGGUACGCAAAGGACCUAUAAGAGCACCGGCAAAUUUACGUUCUACUGUUCGUUGGGAUUAUCAACCUGACAUUUGUAAAGAUUAUAAAGAAACUGGUUUUUGUGGUUUUGGUGACAGUUGUAAAUUCUUACAUGAUCGUUCAGACUAUAAAUUUGGGUGGCAAUUAGAAAUGGAAUCUUCACAACAAGGUGAUUCAGAUGAUGAUGAUCCAUCAAAGUAUGAAAUUAAAGAAAAUGAUGAUGAUUAUCUGCCUUUUAAAUGUUUGAUUUGUCGAGGAUCUUAUGUCAAUCCUGUAAUGACAAAAUGUAAACAUUAUUUCUGUGAAAAGUGUGCUUUAGCUCAUUUCAAAAAGAGCACUAAAUGUUUUGUUUGUGAGAAACAAACCGGAGGAUUUUUUGAUCCUGCUACAACUAUUAUUGAUCGACUUAAUGCAGCUAAUACAGACAUAAUACAUCAAUGUAAUUCAGACGAAGAAUCGGAUUAAUUAAUCUAUUAUUUUUAAUUAUACCUAUUACCUAAGUAUAAAUAUUUAAUAGUAUUAAACCAUAUUAUAAAUGCAUAAAAAUUGUUGAUUUAGUUAAGUAAUUAUAAUUUAAGAUUUAUUUUUUUCAAAAUUAAUAGUUUUUAACGAAUUAAAGGUAUUUUCUGUCCUCUAGUUUUUACAGCACAAACAACAUUUUUCUUAUUUUAGAUUUGUAAAUUACCUGUAGUCCAAUACAAAAACUUUGAACGAUCUAUGUCAAACCUUACAAUCUACCAUUCAUCCAUACAAUCACCAUACAAUCUACCUUACAUAACUACCUAGUUAAAUCAUAAACAUAUUGUAUUAAUUUGAUGUCCCAAAUUAUUACGAUUGAAUUCUAGACCUCAAUAAAAAAUGUGAUUUUGUAAUUAUUUUAAGAACUAAUAAACUAGGUUUUAUUUAUUUUGGUUUAUUAUUAAAAAAAAUGUUCUAAUCAAUAAACAACAUUAGUUAUUCUUACAAUA